AUGCAGUUUCAAAAUUCAAUGAAGAGAUUUUUCUCUCUUGUAUCAUCCAAGUUGCCACAAUCAAGUUCAUCCGCUCCAAAUGCUCCUCAGGUGGAAGAAUACUUGAAUCAAUUAGAAGAAAAUCAUCAUUCUGCUAAAAAACAAAAGCAAGGAGUAGAGUUGGAUUCUUUAUGGGCAGAUUCAAAGGAAAGAAUACCCAUUCUGGAAUGUCAUCUAGAUGAACAUGAUGAGAUAAGACGAGCAAAGAAGAAGUGUGAAGAUCUAAUGCGACAAGAACAAUCAAUUAAAUUUGUGUUUGUAAAUCCGGAAAAUAAAACUAAGCUUGAGCACAAAAUUCGUUUAAAGGCUUCAAUUGAUGUGGUGAGACUGCUUUUGAAUCAAAGAUUGACAUUUCGUGGAUAUCAUGAAGAUGAAUCAUCAUUAAACAAAGAUAUUAUCACUUCAUGUAAGCUUGAAACAAUUAAAGCUAUUAUGGACGAUCUAAAUGGAGACUAUUUCUCAUUGCUAGUUGAUAUAUCUUGUGAUGUGUCACGUAAAGGGAAAAUGUCAAUUGUUUUGCGAUAUGUUGAUAGAUGGCGAUUUGUGGUGGAACGAUUUAUUGGGAUCGUUCAUGUUCGUGAUACUAGUGGUUUGUAUUUAAAAGAAGCAAUUGUUAACUACCUUGCUCAACAUUCUUUGAGUUUAUCUCAUACACGUGGACAAUGCUAUGAUGGGGCAAGCAAUAUGCAAGGGCAUCUAAGUGGCCUUAAAACUUUGAUUCAGCAAGAAAGUGUAUCAGCUCAUGCGAUUCAUUGUUUUGCUCAUCAACUUCAAUUGAGUCUUGUCGGGGUAUCUAAAAAAUGUCUUCAAGUUGAAGAACUUGUAUUAUUGGUUUCUAAUUUCUUAAAUGUAGUGGGAGGUUCUUUUAAACGCAUGGAUGAACUUCUAGAAUCUCAAGCAGAAAAAAUUCAAGAGGCACUAGAUAUGGGCGAGAUUGAAACCGGUAAGGGCUUGAAUCAAGAACUUGAUCUUACUAGGGUUGCCAAUACUCGUUGGGGUUCACACAACAAAUAUUUUAAAAACUUCAUUAGUGUGUUUGGCUCUAUUAAUAAUGUUCUUGAUACUAUUGUUGUUGAUUCCAAAUGUGCCGAAGAUAGAGCUAAGGCAAAAGGAUUUCUCAGGGUUUGUUAA